GUGCGGACAAGACCGCCUCCUGUACGAUGGUGGGCUUUGGCUGGCAUGGCUGUUCAGUAAAAAGAUAGGAAAGACGACGAGGAAAGUGCCCGCAACCGAGGGCCGUACUGAACCAAAUCGGGAAAGGCGGCUGUGGCCAACCGGAUCCUACGUCUUACCAAUGGCCCCCUUGCACUGCGCUUUCUUGCUUCAAGUUCAGCUAGAAUGCAAACAUACUUCGCCUUUCCAACUAUCCAGGUAAUCAAAAGCCAUCGUCAGACAUACGGGAGGUGAUUGUGAAGACAUUUCUUAGAAUAUCGAACUAGAAGCUUACCUAAUCCGGACCGCACUAAGACCUCCACGUGGACCUACUUAGUAGUUUUCCGUUCUUGCUCAAAGCAAGUUUGUGCUUAAGUGUGACACUAAACGAAGAAACAAGCUCGGUAAUUGUGUAGGCAGCAUUCAUCAUGGAGCGAGUGCAGUUCCAACAGGAGCAGAUGCUCGCUGAGCUGAAGGACCUUGUUCAGAAAGGUCUUUUCACACAAAAUGAGAUUAAGCAGAUCAUGAAGAAGCGCACCGCAUACGAAACUGCACUCGUACGUCGCGUAGCAAAGAAGAAUGAUUUCCUUCGUUACGCUGCCUACGAAAUGGGACUUGAAGCAUUGCGGCGAAAGCGUGUUGAACGUAUCAAGAUACCGAAAGGCCCGCCUACAAUAUCCGACUAUGCUCUUGUCCGGAGGCAGUUUCACAUCUUUGAGCGUGCACUCAAAAAGUUCAAGUCCGACAUCGGAUUGUGGAUACAGUAUAUUCAAGUGGCGAAGAAAGAGGGCGCACGAUCUCUCGUCGGACGUAUUACUGCCCGUGCGUUACAGCUGUUCCCAAAUGUACCAGCCUUUUACAUCCUCGCCGCCUCACACGAGCUCGAGUACCUCUCGCCCUCGGCUGCUCGAACUCUGCUUCAGCGCGGAAUCAGGUUGAAUGCUGAAAGCGUAGAAAUGUGGAGAGAAUAUGUAAAGAUGGAAAUGGGCUUCGUCGAGAGCAUGCGAAGACGGUGGAAUGUCCUAGGUAUCAUCGUUGAGGAUAAGGGUAAGGGUAAAGAGAGGGAACGAACUUCCCUUGACGAAGAGGAAGUAGAGCAGAUGGAGGUAGACGCGGCGGAGCCGGAAGGAGACGAAAGCGAGGCAGCCAGGAGGGAGAUUCUAAGUGGUGCUAUUGUGAAAUCCGUUAUCUCCAGCGCUGCGAAAGCACUACCAAAACCCGAGCUAUUCAUGUCAUUGCAUAAUGUCAUUUCAAAAUAUCCAUCACCCCUCUCUCUGCGAACAUCACUUCUAGACCAUCUGCACGACCUUUUGCAACAAAUCCUCCCACAUGACGCUCAAGCAAUCAAACUUACAGCCACUCGCUUCCUCACGCCUGAAGUAGAAGGUGCAGAAUUGGUAGACAGACUCAAGGAGGCAAAUGAAACCCUUUCCAGGGCCGUGAAGGACGCUAUCUCUAACGGACGUAGAGAGACCCGAGAAGAACGAGAAGCAUUGGACGCUUUGGCUCAAGUGUACGGAGAGUUCAUCAACGAAUGGUGUCGCAAAGAUGAACUAGAUCCUAGUUUGAAAGCCUACCUUCUUGGCUCGCUCCACAGCCUAAUUCAAUUCAGCAUUGAUUCUGAAAUCCCACUAUCAUCUCUUCUCUCGACACAUCUCGCUCUUCUCACAUACUUCUCCACUUUCAUAUCGAGUGGUGAUGUCCCACUUCUUCCUUCGCCGACGAAGAUCGUGAAACUCGCACGCAAGUAUACUUCACUUCCUGCAGUGCGGAGUUCCUACCACAUUUGGCUAGCACGGUUGGAAGCCGAGAAGCGGUUACUUGGCCCCGUGGGUGGGAAGGACGGAGAAGUCGAGAAGACGUGGAAAGAGGCGAGAGCGAAUGUGAGUGGAGAAGGUGUGAUUGAAGUUUGGAUAUGGGGUGUGAAUGUGACUGGUGAAGACGCGAAUAAGCAUGGAGAGGUGGAGGAAAGUGUGAAAGUUCUCGAGGUAUUAUCCGUUUCACGUUCGUCCAACAAAAAAAACACGUUCGUUGACUCUUUUUUUAUUUUAUAGUCUUUACUCGGGGAAAGUCUCCGGAUGCAGGACUCAUCCUCAUGGAAGACCGUACACGAAAAGCUUUUGGAGCACUAUGCCUCCCUCGUGAUUAAAAACACACUUGACUCCUCUUCUGAGGGAUCACAAGUGCCAAAACAACUCUCGCAAUUCAUCCAACGCAUCAAGUUAUCGUACAUUCCGACAUCACGCGUUUGGGAACAUAUGUUCUCUCUCACAUCUUCCCUCGCCUCCUCCACUGACACCAACGCCGUGUACCCCCUCCUGCAGCUCAUUCGCGCCAAUUGGCACGCGCUCGACAUUUCUUCUUCGAGUCUUACCUAUGCGACUUGGCUUUUGCAGAACGAUCGAGCUAAGGAGAGCGUGGAGGUGAUUAAAGGCGCGCUGAAGGCAUUGGAAGGUGGGGAAAGAGUCGAGUUUGAGACAAGCUGGCGGAAGGUAUUGGAUAAAUGUUCUUCUGGCGGACAAGAAGAUGAAGAUGAGCAGGUAGAGAAGGAUGAUGUCGCUAUAGACGUAGAUGUUAGUGCGUCUUCAUAAUUAAUGUGAAGGUUAGCCAUCGGGACUUGAAUGCAUGCAUAUGUACCCCUUCGCGUGUCAGCACUUCCGUUGCCAAAGUGUUUAAAAGGUCACCGGUUGAUUCUCAUCAAUACAACCAUCGUGAAGUU